AUGAAGAAGUCUGGCUUCGCGAGUGGUGAGGAGCGCGAGAGUCGGGAGCAGACCAGUAGCAGCGGCAGCAACAGCCAAGUCAAGAGGCGGGCGAUUUCCAGGAAGGGCACUGUUGUAGGUUUUGAGGGGAUUUAAUUUGGAAAAUUUUGGAAAUUUCGAGGAUUGGGCCUUGACACGAAAACUUGAAAAGUGCAUAAAAAAUUGCUCGUAAAUUAUCUGAAAUUUGGUAAAAGUUCCUUAUUCUGGCCACAACUUAUAACUUUGCGGAAACUAGUCAGAAUUGGCCCAAAUUUGGCGUGCAGGCUCAAUUCAUCGUUGUCAAUGCCCAGACAGUGGAUAUAGUUAGUGAGGUACCUUCUUUUUUACGUACCACCUUACCCUUCAAAAAUGGCUGCAGCCUGCGAUUUCACACUUUAUACGAUGAAACAUGGCCGGCACUGAACUUAUUGCCUCCGUAUAGAACUAAAUGAAUCGUCAUAGCCUUUGUAGGUACCCUUAAAACUACAGAGCUAUUACAGUAAUUCAGUGGCAGCUAGGUCGAAGCCUUUUUCCUAACUUUAGUUCCCAAGCUUGGGCGCAGUUCGCAGAGUACCUUUGUUGUGGCCAGAAUAAGGAACUUUUUCCUGAAAUUUAACUUUUAAGGAAUUUAUACCAUUUUAACGUCUAAUUUUGUAAUUUUUUUGCAUCUACCAUUACUGUUACUUUUUUUGGAAAAUUUUUGGGUCCCGCCACGAAAACCUGAAAUUGUAAACAAUCCAAAAAGUUGGUAUCAAACGGCCUCACAAUUUAGAUUACGUAUAUUUUUUGGCUAAUCAUCUUUUCGUUUCCUCCAAUUUUCUAUUUUUUGGUCCCACCACGAAAACAUGAAAGUGCAAAAAACUGAAAAAAACGAGAUGUUAGAGUCUGUAGCGAUUGCCAAGAAUUUUUUAGAGUCUUACACAAAUUAGUUGAUUUUGUUCACAAUUUGACAUACGAAACCAUCGGUGUUUCAGAGACGGCGCAGUGGUACCGCCAGAGAUCGCGCGCCCCCUGCGGAUUGCUCAGAUGAGACUUCAGGCUCCCGCGCAACGACCCCAAACAGAAGCAACCUGCCACUUCCGGUGGAGAAGGGAAUCGACGCCUUUCUGAGCGGAUUGGUCAAACUGGGUAGGUGGGAAAAAGGAUAGCAAGAGUAAUUUUUUUUUGUAAAAUACGUUUGUAGGAGUUUUGGAUUUUUUCUCGAAAACGAAAUACCACGAAAAAAUGAAAAAUUUUCGAAAACUCAAUGCAGGGUUCUCCGUAGAAGUUAUCUUUUUCAAUUUUUGGUCCCAACAGGAAAACCUGAAAAUUAAAAGUUUGGAAAUUUUAUCAAUGAGAGCUGGGGUGUGAGGGAAAUGCUGAGUGUAUAAUAUCUUUUUUAUUUCAUUUCUUUUGCAGUCAUAUUUACGGUGUGUUUUAUACACAUCAUAUUUUUUGUUUUUGGGUCCCAACACGAAAACCUCGAAAUUUUAAAAACUUUAAAAAAUAAGGAGAAUAGUCGUCUAAGAGGUCGAAAAUAACUUUUAAAUAAAAUUAGAAUUUGUAUCUAAAGACGGCUCGUUUUCAGGCGUAGAAGGUCUCCGUCAAGAAUUCGCUGCCCUCAAGGGAAUCCAAUCGCCCGACUACAAAACCGACGCCUUUUUGGCCAACAAGUCCAAGAACCGGUACCGCGACGUCUUCUGCACCGAUCCCACGCGAGUCGUCUUGACUUUUAACGUACCGCCGGACGGGGAUUACAUCCACGCGAAUACGGUCGUCAUUGAUGGCGCCGAGAGGAAUUAUAUCGCGGCUCAAGGCCCCACCGACGCGACGGUCGCCGACUUCUGGCGGAUGGUCUAUCAGCUGAACGUGGGCACGAUUGUGAUGUUGUGCAAGGUUGUGGAGGACAACAAGGCCAAGUGCGCCCAGUAUUUCCCGAUGACUCCGGGCAAGAGCGAACAGUACGGAGUCAUGGAAGUGGACUGCAAAAAGGCGGGUUUUUUAGAGGAAUUGGAGGGUGGAGUUGGGUAAAUACAGGUGGAGUUGGGGGAUUGAGGAGGUCGGAAUUGUCGCUAGCAAUUUUUCCGGCCGCUUUUUUAGAAAGGUUUUUGAGAAAACUUGGAAAAAAUGGUAAGGGGCGACAAGCUGAUUUUUUCAAAAAAAAAAUUUUUUUAUCGGGACUUUGUAAAUGCUUGUAGAAACUUUAGAAUAGAUGACUGUGAUACUAUAUAUAUGAAAGUUUUGAUUAGCGAUUUUUGGAAAAUACAGGGGUUUUUAAGUCAGAAAAAUAUAAUAUAAAAAUUUGAUUUUUUAUCAGUCUGUCGGGAAAAUAAUGAGCGUGUCGCUGCGCCAAUGGUGUCGUUGAAGUUAAAAGCAAUUUAAUUUUGCGGCGAAACAAUUCAUUUUCUCGGCGGCGAUGCAAUUUUUGAUGCGACAUUUUGCUCAUUAUUUUCCCGACAGAAUUUUUUUGAUAAAAAAAAUUUUCUUGGUACCCUCUAGAAACUCAAUAAUGACUUAGAAUAAGCGGCAAAGUAUACACGCCAAGUAGCAAAAAAAUUUUAAAAGUAUUUUUUUUAAAAUUCUUUCUGACCUAAAAUUUAUUUUUCAGGCCGAAACGGAGCACGGAAUGAUGACCUACACUUUGGAGGUGCUUCCAGACGGAUAUAAUGCGAGCUCGGUGAUUGCCAAAAUUUAUCAGAUGACUGAUUGGCCGGACCGCUCUGUCCCGAAGAAUGCAUCGCCCGCUCUGCGAUUGCUGGAGGUUUUGCCACAAGGCCAGGUUCUGAUCCAUUGUUCGGCUGGAAUUGGACGGACUGGAACGAUCAUUGCGAUUGAUUCGGUUUGCCAGAGACUGAUGAGAGGAAUCGAGACAACGGUAGGGAUUUUUGGGAUUUUUUGAGAGAAUUUUUUAUUUUUUCUUAAUUUUUUAAAAUUUGUUAGGAAAUUUCAAAAAUAUUAUUUUUUAUUUUUGGAAUUUUUUGGAGGGAAAAUUUCAUUUUUUUUAAAUUAAAAAAAAAUUUUUUUUUUCAAUUUUUUUUUUUAUUUUCCAGAUUUUCGAGACCGUCAAACAAAUCCGUUCCCAGCGUUGUCAAGCCGUCCAGACCGAGGCCCAAUAUGUUUUCAUCGCUUUUGCGUGCGUCGUCUUCCUCAGAAGGAAGUCUGCGGCCUUCAAACCGCUCUGUGAUGCCUUCUUUGCCGAGUACAGAAAAUAUCGAAAUGCCAAUUGA